AUGCCGCACAAAGUUUGCGCAAAGAGCCCGACCUACUCCAAGUUUCUCCCGGAGGCACGCGCCUUCUUUUACCACAAGUACUGGGCGGCGCAUGGCAUGUAUUCGGAGCACGACUCGCGUCAUAGAUCGCGCGCCAUCUCCUCGUUUCAUCGUUACCGCGACAGCUGGGCCUCGACGCUGCGUAUUCCCGGCGUACCGCCGCGAGGCAUCCUCCCCAGACUACAUGAACAUGAACUUACGAUUGCAAUUCACGCCAGACGCGGCGACUUUUUCAAGGUGGGGCGUCCGAUGGUACCGGUAGCGACUUUUUCGCGCGUGCUUCGCCAGGUCAUGGCGGAAAUCCAGGAGCAUAACAAGACGUUUGCUCGGAUGCCAAUCGCAGUGCACAUCUACUCGGAAGGAAAUCCGAAAAAGGGAUACAAGGGUGACGUCGGUCACGAUAUCAAACGACUGAAUAGUGACUUCCACGACGCUGACGGGAAAGUGCUGGACGUGGUUGCGGUGACCGAAAUUUUCAAUGAUAAGAAGCAGGACGAUCUCGGCAUUGUGUUUAGGAAUCGGUUGCGCGUUGUGCUUCAUGUAUCACAAGACACAGUGGAGAGCCUGCAUGAAAUGAUCGCCGCAGACUUGUUCCUGGGAAGCAUGUCAGGAAUGAGUCUGCAUUUGGUGGGUUCACUGAAUCGAGGAGCGAUGCAGCUGCUACCGACGCGAAUAGAGCACACCGACGAGUGGCGUGGGCAUGUUAAGUUUGAUCCACGGACAGGGCAUAUAGGAAAAAAGGAGUUGAAAGGGAUGCGGCGGUAUUGGCGUGAGUACUCGGACGCGAAUGAAAAGUCGGCCAAAAGGGCAUUGGAUAUGUGGAUGAAUGGGAAGCAAUGUUGA